AUGGAAGAGGUGGCGUGGAUGCAUUUCGAGCAAUCGGCGAUCCUGACCGUUCACAACCACGUGAUAACGCGCAAUCCGCGAGUGAGCGUCACCCACGACAAGCACCGGACCUGGUUCCUGCACAUCUCGGACGUGCGCGAAGAAGACCGCGGUCGGUACAUGUGUCAAAUCAACACCGUCACAGCCAAGACACAGUUCGGGUAUCUACACGUUGUUGGUGCCGGAUACCGAAGCAGGGGCUACGUGUGGAUAUGGUUCACAUGUUAUUUUAUUUUUUUAUUUUUCAUU